AGACUCCCAGCAGCCUCUCCUCCCUCUGCUGCCAUCGCGGCCCAGCCUGGCAGUCACCAUGAGGUUCCUCUACCUUCUGCUGCUGCCUCUCUGCCUAUUCUUCUCCCAGGUGGCCCCAGGUGCUGGCCUUAUUAAAGGUCUCUUCCACAGGUAUCCAGAAUACCAAUGUGCCAAAAAAGGGGGGACCUGUAACUUCUCCCCGUGCCCGCUGUCUACCAAGGCUAGAGGCGCCUGUUACGGUGGGAAGGCCAAGUGCUGCAUCUGAGCUGGGAGCCACGGAGGCAAAAGGCAGGAACCAUGUGAACACUUUAUAAGCGUUGUUUUAAUCAAAGAAGACCUUUUUUUUUUUUUUUUUUUUUUGACGCAUACCUCCUUCGGACCAAAAUGAAUCUUGUGUUUCCUUUUGGAAGAGGUUAAGAAAGUAUGGGGUUUAGAAGUGAGACUGGCCAGGCCACAACGCCUGCAAGUUCAGGGCCGAGGGUGAUGACUAGGGCCUGAGUGAAGUCACCACCACAGCGUCUUAUCACCAAACCAACAAGUGAGUGACCCAGACGGUCCACCUGCAAUCAAGGAUACGUGGUGAGGAGACAGAUGACACAGGUUCAGGCCCUCUUGGUCCUAGCAGAACUCACCCCAAAUUCAGUGGUCUCAGCAGCCUGUUCAGUGAGACGGUCCAUCUGAGGAGCCCAGAAGUACUACUGCCUUCCCUCCCUUCUGGGCUGGGGACAGUGAAUGGUUACCUUAGCAUUUGAGAACCUCUGUUAUGACUGUAAAACUAGUCUUCUCAAGUUUCACUCUCUAGGCCUAAUAUCUGGGUUCCCGAAUGAUGAUUUUUGACUCUACCACAAUCACAAACCCUUGUUAUAUGUCACUUAAAAGGCAUGUGCUAUGACCACAACUUCUGCAUUUCAUUUCUUCUGCACCAUUUAGCCUGUAGACACAUGUUGAUGGGGAAGCAUGGGUCACCUUCUCUUUCUUCUAAUAAAUGUCUUACAACUCCCGAUGAAGCAAUUAUUGUCU